UAUAUAUAAUAUAUUAUAUUGUAUAAAGUGAUUUAUUGGAAAUGUGAUUGGAAAACAAUUUAAGGCAAUAUUAUACAAAGAAACUUUUCGCAGAGUAUAAUGAGCAAAGUAAAAUUCUUACAGAACGUCAAAAAAUAUACACAACAUAGCCCUAGAAACAUAGCUAACAUAAAAACAUUUUGUUCUAAAAAUUAACUAUCUAUAAGCUGUGUUUUUCUAAAAAACGUAAAAAUGGCAAAAACAAGUACAGAACGUAAUAGAGAAUGGAGGAAAAGACAAAAAAAGGCUCUAUUAAAUGAUAUGGCAAAAAAACAAAGUAAACAAAGUGAUGUAAGGACCAAAAGUAACAUUGAGAACAAUGAAGGAAGUGCAUUAUCAAAGGGACAUGAAACGGACAUCAUUAAUGGAAAUCCAGCAGAGCCAUCUACAAGCACAAGUCAACUACAAACUGAUAUACCAAAUCAAAUGAUGCCAAGGGCUAAUUCUUUAACGAUGCUCCUAUGGAAAUUUAGAGCGCGACAAAACCUUAGGCAAAGAAAACCAAUUGGACAACCUCAGGGGAAUCACCCAGAAGCAGCUGAUCGCCAGCGCCGCCAACGUCAAAAUCUAAUAGAUCCCGAUUUAAGCCCCCCCUGCGGCGGACUGCUUCUGAACACCGCUUCCGGUCCGUCGUUCCUGCCGCUCCCCGCUCAAAUUCUCGAGCAGGUCGCGGCCGGAAACUCGGAGCCCGGCUACACGGUCCUCCGCUUGCCGGCGCCGCAGUCCCUGCUGAAAAAAUCCAAGUUCCCGAUGAUCCGGGUGGCCGAGGUCGACGUGGACGUGUGCUUCGCGUGCAAGAGGUGCCAACGCGCUUUCGACAGCGCUUCGGCGCUGCUGACGCACCAGAGCGUCUGCUUCGGGGCCGAUCAGAGGUCGAGGGGGGCGUUCAGGUUGGUGCGGCGCGGGUUCGAGUGCGAGGCGUGCGGGUUCAGGAGCUCGGCGAGGUUCGAGAAGCACUGCGGUCUUAUUGACCGAAAAACUGAACCGGCAGACAUGGAAAAUUAUGUGAAAUCAAUUAUCAGAAAAAAUAGCAAAAACUUAUCAUCAGAUAAGAAAGAUUCAAAAUCAGAAAUAAUACCUAGCGCUCCAGAGCUGAUACUUAUCAAAGAAGAAAAUCAGGGGUUAUGGUUUAAGGAGGAAUCUGAAGGACAAAUUCACAUUAAACAAGAACCAGAAGAGCCAAUUUGUACUAAAGAAGAACCACUGAUGUUUAGUGAAGAAUCAGAAGAACAAAUUCAUAUUAAAAAAGAACCAGAAGAGAUUUAUUUUAAAGAAGAGCCUUUGAUUUAAAAGAAGAAGCAGGAAACAUUUAAGAAAAAAGUGUAUAUUUUAACCAUUUAGUUAGGUUUUGAUGUAUUGAUUAUACAAUAAUGUAUAACAAUGAAUAAAAU